AUUUUUUGCUUAUUUCUUUUCCUUUUAAUAGAUGCAAAAUUCACUUAGCGGACAAAUAGUAAUCCCUCCACAGUCUCCUUCCAUAAUCCCAAUCGUGAAUCCUACUUUGGAAGGAGAACAGACUGAGUCCAAAAAAACUACACCAAAACCUCCUUUGAAAGGAAAUAGUAGUGGAAAACGGCUUUGUAGAAAUGUCAUAAUUCAUGGCUAUUGUAAAUUCGAAGGAAAAGGUUGCGAGUUUAAUCAUGAUACGAACAAAACUAACUCUGUUCAAGCAAGUCCAGAAAAUAAAAGUAAACCAAUAGUGUUAUCGUCUGUAUCAGCUAGAAGUGUAAAUGCACCAGAAUUUGUUCCUAGAUUUGUUAUAGAAAAAGAAUCAAAUACAAAUAAAGAUCUUACAAUAGCUAAGCAGCAACAAUCUAACCCAUCUAAUAUAGCAACUGUAACAACUGGAUUUGCUCAAUUUGGUAUAUCAAAUGAUACAAACACUGCACAGCAGCAGCAGCAAUCUUCAUCAACACAAACACAAUUACCUUCUGAAAUGUUAGCUAGACUUGGCAUGAUCCCUGCAACACAAAUAGACCCUUAUUAUUAUAUGAAUGAACAACCUAUGUUUCCUAGACAACCAUUACAGCAUCAUUUAUAUUCGACCCCUUUACCACAUAUCAGUCAUCUAUCACCUAAUCAAAGAACAAUUCAUUCAUUUUUUUUGCCUGACCAUAUUCGAGAACAGCUUACACAACGCAAUGAAGCACAAUUGAUGACAGCUUCUGCUCGAGAUUUAGGAUUACCUACAGACGUUCAUGUGUACCAUUCAUUGUAUCCUUUAGAAACAACAGGAGAGAAAGCUAGUUUAUUUUAUGGGCAUACAACAUCUGUUUAUAAGGCAACAUGUAGCGUAGAUGGUCGUACAUAUGUAUUAAUUCGUAUUGAAGGAUAUAGAUUAGUGAAUGAAUUAGCUAUGCAAGUCGUAGAAGCAUGGAGACGUAUUCGACAUUGUAAUAUUGUAUCUAUUCGUGAAGCGUUUACAACUAGAGCAUUUGGUGAUUCGUCGUUAAUUUUUGUGUAUGAUUAUCAUCCUUGUUCCACUACAAUUUAUUCAACUUAUUUUACACCUCAAGGACAGGCAGCCUUAUAUAGUAGUAAUAAUAAUAAUAGAAGUAAUACACCAUUAAUUCCUGAAUCAACACUUUGGAGUUAUAUUACACAAAUUGCCUCUGCAUUAAAAACAGCUCAUGCUUCUGGAUUAGCUGCCCGAAAUAUUGAUCCUAAAAGAAUUCUGAUCACAGGCAAGAAUAGAAUAAGGUUAAAUGGGGCGAGUAUUUUGGAUGUUUUACAAUUUGACAGUGGUUUAAACGUUGUACGACAGCAGCAAGAAGAUUUAUUAUCAUUUGGUAAACUAAUAGUUGCAUUGGCUUGCAAUUCUCUUCAGGCAUUUCAUGAUCCUGCACAAUCAUUUGAAUACAUUACUCGGUAUUAUUCAUCCGAUUUAAAAAACAUUGUUUUGUAUUUGCUUAGUAAACCUUUACCUACAAAGAAUAUUGAUGAAGUAGUUAUAAUGAUUGGCCCACAUAUUCUUUAUGAAAUUGAUUGUAGUCAAUCUUAUAAUGAUGAGUUAGAAAAUGAACUCUCUAGAGAAUUAGAAAAUGGUCGACUUGUUCGAUUAAUGGCCAAAAUGGGUUUUAUUAAUGAAAGACCAGAAGAAAAAAAACCCCAUAGAUUUGAUAUGGAUCCUGGAUGGUCAGAAACUGGAGAUCGCUACUUGAUUAAACUAUUUCGUGAUUAUGUAUUUCACCAAGUAGAUGAGAAUGGCCAACCUGUAGUGGAUAUGGUUCAUGUCUUGACCUGUCUCAAUAAGUUGGACGCUGGCGUCGAAGAAAAGAUUAUGUUGAUGUCCAGAGAUGAGCAAUCAUGCCUUAUUGUUAGUUUUAGAGAAAUCAAAAACUGUAUUAUUUCAGCUUUUAAUGAUUUAACUUCUGGAAGAAAAUAAUAUAAUACAUUUAUAUAAAAAAAAAUUAAAAAAGAAAAGAAAAAAAAAUAAA